AUGGUGGGAUCAAGUUCUGCAGGUGGAGAUUUACGAACUCCACAGUUCAAUGGUUCAAACUAUGAUUUUUGGUCAGUAAAAAUGGAGACUAUCCUCAUAGCAUAUGAUAUAUGGGAUGCAGUGGAGAUUGGAAUACAGCCACAGCCGAUUAUUGAGCAGGAAGCAGGCUCUGAAGGCACUGGAGAUGAAGAGAGUGAGGCUGAGCAAAUUCCAGUGGAAGCACCUACUAUCUCCAGAGAAGAUAAGAUCAAAAAUGCCAAGGCUUUGAGUCUUAUUCAAGGAGCACUAACAGAUGAACUCUUUCCACGCAUCAGAAAUGAGAAGACUGCAAAAGGUGCUUGGGAAAUUCUAAGAAGCGAGUUCAGAGGAGAUAAAAAGGUAAGAGCUGUGAAAUUACAAGCUAUUAGAGCUGAUUUUGAAUAUUUGAGAAUGAAUGAUGUUGAAUCUCUGGAUGGCUACUUGGCUCGAUUUUUUGAAACUGUAAACAACCUGAAAUCUCUAGGAAAAGAUGUAACAGAGAAAAGGAUUGUUCAAAAAUUGUUGAUGAGUCUAAGUAGGAGGUACAAGUCCAUAGUGUCAAUCAUUGAAGAAACCAGAGACCUUGACACUAUUAGAGUUGAAGAAAUUCUUGCAUCUGUCAAAGUCUAUGAUAAGAGAGAGGAUCUACAUGAAGAAAGGGAUAAAUUGGCAGGAACUGAGAAAGCUUUUAGCAGUCUUAGAGUUGGAAAUAAUUACGCUUUUGGAGCUAACAAAAGUUCUCAGGGAAAGCAAAAUCAAAAAUGGAAAGGACAGAACAAAAAGGGCUCAAAUUGGUCUCAAGGUGGAAACUUUAACAACAAUAAUGGCUCAAAUUGGAAUAAUGGCUCUGGAGGGAAUUGGAACAACAGUUUCAAUUCACAAAACAAGCAAGGAAGUAGCAGUCAAGGAGGUGUGGAACCACAGUGCCAAGUCUGUCAGAAGUUUCAUUUUGGUGUGUGCAGGCACAAAGGCAAACCUAGAUGUGGAAAAUGCAAUAGGUUUGGUCAUUUAACUAAGGACUGUGACAAUGGCAAACAAGUUGCAAACUGUGCAAAGGAGGAAGACGUAACCACAGGAACAAUGUUCUAUGCUUGUCAUGCAAGUUCAAUUGCAUCAAGCAAGUCUGUGUGUUUUGUUGACAGUGCUUGCAGCAACCACAUGACCUCUCAAGAGUCCUUGUUGAUCAAUCUUGAUAGAUCAGUGACCUGUAAAGUGAAAAUGGGCACUGGUGAUCUUGUUCAAGCCACAGGAAAAGGGAUAUUUGUAGUUGAGACAAGAAAAGGGAGAAGAUAUAUAAAUGAGGUGUUGUUCGUCCCUGGUCUAGAUGAGAAUUUGUUGAGUAUAGGACAAAUGAUGGAGCAUGGGUACUACAUUCUAUUUGGAGGAAACUAUGCAUUAAUAUGUGACGAAAGCAGUCUUGACAAUGUUGUUGCCAAAGUAGCAAUGGCUGGAAAUAGAUGCUUUCCAUUGUCUAUGGAAUCUAUUUGCAAUGGGAAUGAAAGCAGCAGUACAAGAAGAUCCAUGGAUUUGGCAUAG